AUGUCAUUUCUCCCCUUGUCCAACCGCAUACUUUCCUUUUCCAGCCAGACCACGGUCGCUAUCCGAACGACAGCAAAACACGCCCAAGCGACACGCGAGAUUCAUCAAAGCAUCACAAUGAGCAGGAAGAGAAGGGCCAGCCCCGAUGCAACUCAUGGACGCAUUGGUCGACCGGUGCCCGUUGAAUUUGACCCAUGGAAUCGUCCCCUUACCCCACAAGCUUCGAAUGCGGCAGAGGAAUGGCGGAGGAUCCGCAGGCAGAUCGACAAUGUUGAGGAUGCCGACCUGGAUUCUCAGCAUGUCAUUCGUCUUCUGACUCUUGCAGCUGAGCACAGGAGAGAGUACACCCGCUUGGCAGCUGGCUGGAAAAUGCUCGAUCAUGUCCUGCAACCAAAGUCACGGACAUAUGAGCCUCUUCCGCUGGUUCAACACGAUUUUCUCCCGGAACCCGACCUUUACCUAGAUCUUUUUGUCGACCCAAGUCGGAAUCAGGCCAUCAAAGACUGUGUCAGCAAAUAUCAACAAUUAAAACAAAGCCUUGAUGGCUUCGACCCCAGGUCCGGGGCACAGUGGCCCAUUUACGAGUUGGUCGAGGCGGAGCGCCGGAGACGAGAGUACAACAGUGUGGUAGGUUCUCAUGUUUCUGUUCCGCCGCAUCAAGUGCCCGAUGAAGUCUCCCCCCAGCAGCUAUCAAGCAAUUCUCAAGAGCCGCAAGAGCCAACCCCAGGACCAGAGCCAGUGCUGGAGGAAAGACCUCCCCUGUGCCCGGAACAAGAAGCAGUUGUGAAACUGGCGGAGCAAGGCAGAAACAUCUUCUACACCGGAUCUGCUGGCUGUGGCAAGUCAACUGUUCUGCACGAGAUUAAGCGGCGACUAAAGGCAAAAGGCAAAGUGGUCAAAGUCAUUGCCCCAACUGGCCUUGUCGCCUUGGCCAUCAAUGGCUCAACCACUUGGACCUUCAUGGGCUGGGCUCCGGACUUUAACAAGAUGCCAUUGGACAAGCUAUGCGGGGUAACAAAGGCCAAUGAAAGAGUUCGAAAAGCUCUCCGUCGGGUCCACACUCUCAUUAUCGACGAGAUCAGCAUGGUGGAGAGCAACUUCUUUGAGAGAAUGGAUAGCGCGCUGAGGUUCGUUAGGAAAAGGGACCCCGAAGAAGACCGGCACACGGGGCCAGACCCUGCAUCGUUACCAUUUGGGGGCAUUCAACUUAUCGUGACGGGGGACUUUUGCCAGCUUCCACCGAUAAAGCCGUUCAAACACUGUGUUACGUGUGGCUUUGAGCUCAGCACGACCAAGACUUGCGCCAAUCGAGCCUGCCGCCAGAGCCAGUUCAGACUUGAGGACCAGUUCGCAUUCUCCAGCGCAGCAUGGCAGAAGUGUAACUUCAACUAUGUUCACCUCAAAACGAUACACCGCCAACGAGACGAAGAAUUCAGAGCUUUGCUGGAAAAGUGCCGAACCGGCAUUGCCUUCAGCCAAGCCGACAUUGAGAUUCUAAUGAACCAUGAGUCCAGCACCGAAGACGCCGUCCGUUUGAUGCCGACAAGAGAAGAGGUUUACGAGACAAAUGAGAGGGCCUUUAAGAAGCUUCCAGACCCGGAGUUCUCGUACAAAUGUUCUGAUGGUCGCCACAUACAAGAAAACCAUCAAUACCUGGAGUAUAAAUACGCCCUCGAACAAAAUGGUGAUGACAGGAACCACAGAGUAAUCAACUUUGGAGACGACAAUCACCGGUUUGAAAAGGUUCUCAAGCUCAAGAAAGACAUGUCAGUUCUGUUGCUCGUCAAUCUGAAUCUGCGCGAGGGUCUUUGCAACGGUAGCCAGGGCAUCAUUGUCGACUUCGAAUCUCACAGUGUUGGGUCCUUGAUGAGAACGCUCGAAGGCAGACCGGGACUCACCUACACUCAGAAAGAAGCAAUCGGCACUUUUGCAAGCCGUAACCUGAACUCCGAGGAGCCCCGCAUGAUCGCGUUGCCCGUGGUUCGCUUCCAAAACGGGAUUGAGCGCACCAUUCUUCCGGAAUGCCUGGUCAACGAGGUGGGGGAUCCUGCCCCGUACUCUUCUGUUUGGCGGGCACAGAUCCCACUCAUGGCUGGGUAUGCCCUUACCAUUCACAAGGCGCAGGGCAUGACACUGGAGCGUGUCGUUAUCAAUCUCGAGAACGUUUUUGAGGACAAGCAGGUGUAUGUGGCCCUCUCUCGGGCCAAGACUCUUGACGGACUCAAGAUCGAGGGUGACAAGGAGUCAGUUAAGGAGGUGUUGGAGAGAGCUUUGCAAGGGGAUCUGCAAGUGCAGAGGUUUAUGGAGGAGACACAAUGGAUCGAGUUUGAAUGA